GGAAAUCAGGAAUACCCAUAUCACCUGUGAAUAUAAAAAUGUCAGGAAUAACAAAAAACGAAAGUUGGGAAUACGGUUUGGAAAUCAGCAAUUCGAGCAAUUCGACCGAUUUCGCUAAUUUUUCUGGCACAAGGGAAUACCUCCAGUGGAUGGACCACGGAGCUUUGAAAAGACAACUUGGAAUUUCGAUAGCACUUUGUUCAAUAUCAGUCAUCACAAAUACGAUUUCAAUCGGCGCAAUUUGCCAUAUCCCUGGUAAAUGGAACAAUAACUUUAUACUUUUAAUAAACCUCGCCGUGUGUGACGCAAUGGGUGCGUUGGCAUAUCUAGUUGAUAUCCUGAGUAAGGUUUACAUUCGCUGGGCGGCGGGCACGGUAGACGACACAACUUAUUUGAUGACAGCUACACAUCUAACAUCUUUAGGUCACAUCUUUUUUGUAUUGUUCUAUUUAGCGGCUGCAUUGACAUUACUGGUGUUUGCAGUCCAUCGUUAUAUCGCUAUAUGUACGCCCGUCAGGUAUGUUUACGUAGCAACAUCGCAGAAAAUAUGGUUAUCUUUGGCUGGGGUAUGGCUGGUUGCGGGUGGUGUGUCGCUAUCAGGUACUUGCGUUUAUACCUUCAUUAACCACGGCACACACGACUAUUGUUUCAUAUGGAACUAUAUUUGGCCAGGGAUACUCCUUGUCAUAUGCUGCAGUAUCGUUGUUCUUUAUGUGGCCGUACUCAACAGAUUGAACGUACGAGCACGCAGGCUACGGAACGACUCUCAGAUAGAACAAAACUACCAAUGGUUCAAUACGACCCUGAUCUUAAUCAUGUCUCUCAUAGUAUCUAUCUUACCAUC